UAAAGCUGUUUAUCCCCACAAUCGCGUCAUCAAAAGGCGGAGCCGGAUGACGCGUAAUCGUGAAUUAACUGCACGGCCAUGGAGUAUAACAGAAAUGAAAACGGGAAUUAUAAAAGUAAUUAUAGAGUUUUACUUCACUAAGUAACACAAAAACAGCAUAUCUAAGAAUCGGAACAGCGACACUGUAAGAUGAGAGGGUAAUCAAACGAGCAGAACAGACCUGAAAUAUCUCCCUGUGACCUUUACUGCUGCAAUCUAAUGCUUCCUGACAGCCAGGAAACCAGACAACAUGUGAAGUGUGUGGCCCUGGAUUUGAAGCAAGGAAGGGUCUUUUGAACCAUGCAUGUUUUCACCUUCGACAGAUGGGGGUACCAGAAUCUGAGUGCAGAAGAGAUUUGAUUGAUGAUCUGUAUGAUUUAAUGAAGCAGAAGGGAAAAGUGGACAGGGAGAAACAAUGUCAAGGACCUGGUGUACCAAGCAAAACGGAGUACCAGCUUUUUGACUUAUCAGAAGCUAAACCAGUGAAUCCGUAACAUAGCUUCACAUAAAGCACACCUCUAUCUCUGUCAUUCAGAAAGAUGGCUCAAAGUCUCCCCAUUUCGCCAGCACCCCAAAGAAGCACUGAACAGAAGUGAGUUAGUAAAACAUUUAAUUUUGCAGAAAGUGCUACAGAAUCAGAGUGGUCAUCUAUGGAAGAGAGUGGACCUUUAAAUCUGACUGCGAGAAAUCAUUGCUGAAACAUGUAGUUGGAUACAGCUUUAAAGGCUUUUGGUCUCCAGCAUAAAGAAGAAAUUUGGUGUUAUGGAGCAGGCAGUUUAUGAACAGUUACUCGAGAAGGAGAAUGCAUUGCAGGGUGACAGUGAUUCAUUAACAAUAAACUGCUUCUUCAACUCCGUAAGACAGACCGAUCAAAAUGAGGAGACUGUAGCCACAGCAAGCAGUGCCCAAGAAGAAGAGUGGACUGAACUUCAGAAUGUAGACAUGUCCAACAUAGAUGAACUCUCUGAGUCUUCAGCUAGAGAUGCUGUUGACACACACCUCUUCUCGGAAGCUUUUCAGUCUCUAAGUCCAUCAGAGGACGUUAGUACUGAUAUGGACCUUGGGCCAAAAGCACAAAUCAGUGUUGAUGUACUGAGCAAUUUUCAGGAAGGCAGCAGUGCUUUCACUCAACUCCGUAAGCAGAGAGCAGAAUUGAGCAUGAGAGAUGACAUGGAGGAAGUAGAAGAGGAGGUAGAAGUAGAAGGAGAUGAGGAAGAAGAAGAAGAAGAAGAGAUAGAAGUAGAAGAAGGAGAAGAGGAAGAAGAAGAGGUAGAAGAAGAUGAAGUGGAAGAAGAUGAUGAUGACGAUGACGAUGAAAAUAUGUCAUCGUCUUCUGUUCCAGUGACACCACCUUCAACAGCAGGCAAAAUUGAUAACUGGCUCAUAGAUAAAGAAGUUUCAGAGCAUCGAAAUGGCUGUUACGUCUUAGAAAGUAACAAGUCCUCCAAAAUUUCUGCCGUGGACAAAAGCAGCUCUAAGUUGCCUUCUGAAACACCUUGGGGCUUCUCAGUUAGAGAUGCCAAAGAAGAUUCCUUUUGUCAAUUACAAGCACACAGGAAGAAAAGCCUUUCUUUAGAAAUGACAGUCAGUAGAGAUGACUCUUCUUCUGAAAGUGACGAACCUUCAGACCAGUCAAUUUUGAACACUAAACUUGCACAAAAUGCAGGAAGUUUUCCCCCAGUGGAAACCACUGGCAUUUCUGCAUCAGUACAAGACUUGUCACGAACUUUAUCACAUGGUCUGCUAACAGCAGCAGAGAACACUGACCAUGCCCAUAAUGCCACAAAGUCUGUAUCAGAAGGCGGUAUCUUCACAUCUGGUGCAAGCUAUAUGACCCUACCAACAUACAGAGAACGAAAACCUACAUCUGACAGCCAAGAGCAUUUGAGUAAGAGUAUAGAAAGGAUGCAGUCUGGACACUGGAUUUCUGAAAUUUGUCAGAGUAGUCAUAGUGACACAUUAGAAAGUCCAAGCCUUAAAGAUAAAAGAAAGCCAUCAGAUGUAGGGGCUAAUUUGUCUCCUAGCCAGGAACAAGCUUUAAGAGAAAAUCUUCCCAUACGAAGCUCACAGACAGUAAAGGAAGCAGUAAACCCAUACUCGUACAUACAAAAAUUAAGUGAUAAUGGAUUGGCACAAAGAAAAACAGUUUUAACUGAAACUGAAUUAAGCUCCCGUAAAGACAAUACUGACUGCAUGUUAGGAAGUGAAACCAGAGAGACCAGCAUUGAUGUUUCAGGUAGGAACAGGCAUUGGAAUUUGGGUAAUGAAAAAGAAAUGGUGCCAAUUUCAAUCAGAAAUGACCCGAUCUCAUCUAAGCUGUAUGGCACUGAGAGCACACCAUACAUUACUAGUGUUGUAGUGCAUGAAAAGAAGGAAGAUGGUGACUGCACUGAGGAAGAGAAGGACUUUGUCUUCACCUGCAUAGAAUGUAGCAUUUAUUUCAAGAAGAAAGAGCAUUUAAUUGAACAUAUGCAGCAGCAUAACCAAACUCAAGACAAGAGUGGUACUGGAACUGCAGGUCAGAGUCAGUACUCCUGCACAGAAUGUGGGUGGAUCUUUGGAGACACGGACUCGCUUGAGCAACACCAAAGACUUCAUCAGGAGUCUAGAGAGAGGUUCAUGGAGGAAAUUCAGAAACUCAAUAACUUUACAGAUGAAGGGAGGGAUGCUAAGCUGCAGUGUUCCAAGUGCUUGUUUGGAACAAAUUGCUCCAGAACCUUUGCCCAGCAUUGUAAGACACACUCAAAAGACAAAAAACAUCAGGAGUGGAAUGCUGAUUUAGUUGUUGGUGCCAGCCAAGACCAGCCCGACAGUCCAAUUCAAAAUGUUUAUAUGCAUUCUGGUGAAACUGACUUUCCUUCCCAGCCACCUAUGGAAAAAAGUGGAAACGAUUGUUAUACUUGCACUACAUGCAGCUUUUCUACUGCUAGCGAAUCCGUUUUGACGGAACACAUAAAAUACCGUCAUACUGAUCACUCCCAAGAAAAUGAUGUUUACAAGGAAAACACUGAUUUUCCCAGUACCAGCAAAGAUUCCUUCAGUCUUCCAAGGACAAACAAGUUUGAAGAUGCAGGGUUUACAUCAACUGAACUGAGCAGGAAAACAGAUAACGCAUCAUCUUCUGUUGAAGAAAACCAGAGUAUUCAUGAAAAUAUAACCCCCUUUCCAAAAAGGCUACAAAGAGCCAGCAAAAGCUUUAGAAUUCAAAGAGAUGUUCAUAGUUCACUGUAUCAGAAAACAAAACCCCCUGGGUACUUUAGUACUCAGAAGAAGUUUGGUAACUGGAGCUUUCAUUCAGCAGAUGGCUAUUACCAUCAGCAUCCUGGCACCAAAGUACAUUAUGGAGUACAUCGAAUUCAAGGCAAAGGUGCAUUACAUCAAACUGUUGUUAAGUCUGAAGAUGAAAGAAAGCACCAGAUGGAACAGGUCUUGGAAAGGCAGAAGGCAGACAGUAGACUUAAAUGGUCAAGCGCUAUGGAUGCUGAAGGCAGAGAAGGUGACAUUUAUUCAGAUUCUGAUAAAACUUUAGCAAAACGCUCCUGGCGCUCAUUUAAAGUCCCACAGACUGCUUUAGAAUUGAAAAAGGAUUUCAGUGCCAUUUUGAGAAAAGCUGAUUCUUUUUACCUCUCAGAUGAUCAGCAGCAUCAGAUACGAAACAUGGUGCCCAUUGUUGUUCUGGAUCAUAUAGAUCAGACAAACCCUUCACCUCAACCUGUAAAGGGAUGGAAGCGGAAACUCUUAUUUAAAAGGAGAAGGAAGAGAAGAGCAUUUGGUCUCUCAGCAAAAGAACUAAUGAAAGGUUAUCAUCCAUCUGAGUUUGAUCUUCCUUUUGAUGACUGCUUAGACCCAUCCCUUCUGAGCCCUGACUCUCCCUUGUUGAAGAAUGAAGAGAAAAAAUGCCCUUAUUGUCCAGAUAAGUUUCACAAUGGGAUUGGCCUAGCAAACCAUAUCCGUGGCCACUUGAAUAGAGUGGGGGUGAGCUACAAUGUUCGACACUUUAUCUCAGCUGAUGAGGUAAAAGCCAUUGAGCAGAAGUUUUCAUUUCAAAAGAAGAAGAAAAAAGUUGCAAAUUUCGAUCCUGAAACCUUUAGUUUAAUGAGAUGUGAGUUCUGUGGUGCUGGUUUUGACACUCGUGCAGGGCUCUCCAGUCACGCCAGGGCCCACCUCAGAGACUUCGGCAUCACCAACUGGGAGGUGACCAUUUCUCCAAUUAAUAUCCUGAAGAAGCUGCUGUCCAGUUCCUCCAGACGUCAUCUUGGGCCCCCUAAGAAGAAGGAGCCACAGUCCCCUCUUGCAGAGGGAGAUGCACAUGACAGUGAGCAGAAGCAAGCAGUGUGUGAUUCCAGUGCCCCUGCUUCACCGUCAUCUCUGUUGCCAUCGUGGGUCGAGGAGUCAGGACGUCCAGAAAAAGAAGUGAUGGACGCAGAAGAUGAUGAAGUGGCCUGUGAGGUUGGAUCCACAUCUAACUUGAAGAGAAACACCAUGUCCCCACAGCCGGAACUAGACCAUUCAACAGAUGGAAGUAAGCCUUCAUCUGAACUGCAGGCAAACAAAACUGACCCAGAAGACAAGCCAAUGGAUGGGGAUGACAGCGAGAUUGUUUGUCGUUUAUGUGGUGCCUGGUUUGAAACUCGGAAGGGCCUCUCAAGUCAUUCAAGAGCUCACCUUCGUCAUUUUGGAGUUGCAGAUCCAGAUUCAAAAGGAUCUCCUAUUGUCUUCCUAAAUGAACUAAUCAAAAAUGAUGAUUUCAGAAAAAAGGCGCUACUUUUAAUCCAGGGGCAAGACCAUUCCCCUAGUGCAUCAGGAGGCACAGGUGGGCCUAGCGGUGCUAUAAACACAGGGGGCAUGAAAUCACCAUCCAGUGAGUCUUUCACCAAAGAGUCGUCGUUUAGCUCUGUCUCCCCUCCACCUGCAAAGUCAUCAAAGCCUGACCCUAUGAGAUUCUCUCCGGGGCCAUCGACCGACAUGCAGAACAAGGGAAAAUCCUCAUCUGAGUCGUACUGGGCAGCACAAAGAGCGAUGUCACCACUGAACCUGUCAGCUGAUGCUGAACCAGACAAUGAUGUCCGCUGCUCAUUUUGUGGGGAGUUCUUUGAGAACAAAAAAGGUCUUUCAAGCCACUCCAGAUCCCACCUGCGGCAGAUGGGGGUGACUGAGUGGUAUAUGAAUGGCUCUCCUAUCGAAACAUUGAAAGAUGUUGUCAAACGAAGAACACAGGCACGGGGUGCAUCAGUUCAACAGGGGCAGAAGACUAUGACAAAGCCUCAGUCAGGCAGUAGUGGACUUCUGGAUCAGAGAGUAUCAGAACAGCAGCAGCAGCAGCAGUCUUCUAUUAUGACCAAGAAGUUUCCUCAAGCUCGAUCUCCUGAUCAUCCACAUUCUGGCUCUCCCACAGCAAGGAAGAUGUUUCCAGGACUUCCACCACCUUCUCUACAGAAGAAAUUAAAACCAGACAGUGUGAGGAUUGAAUUUAAACGAGACAUUUCUGGCUCUGUUCAGUCGGAACAUCAGUCUUCUAGCAUGAACUGGUCAACUCAAAACGAGCUUUCACCAUUAAAUCUGUCUGCUGGACCUAAUCCUGACACUAGAUGUAUGUUCUGUGGAGAGUACUUUGAGAAUAAGAAAGGCCUUUCAAGUCAUGCCAGAUCCCACCUACGGCAGAUGGGUGUGACAGAGUGGUCUGUGAAUGGUUCCCCCAUAGAUACACUGAGAGAGCUGGUAAAGAAAAAGUCAAAAACUCUGCAGUUGAAAAAAGAAUCACCAACGAUGUCUUCUGAUCCUUCAAAGCGCAUUUUGGAGGAUAGGCCUGGUUCCAAGUCCCCAGUGAAGAUUCCUCCAGGUAUGACUCUUAGCCCAAUAGGUGGGAGAAUAAUGAAGUCAAACCUCACUAUAUCAUCUGUGAAUCGAGAACAUUCUUUGACUGCUGUUAGUAAGAAAACGCAGAUGGGCUUCAUGACACCUAUGCCAACUAAGCGACCCAUGCUGGAUGAACGCUUUUUACAAUCUGAACCAAAGCAGAAGAGUUACGUUCAAACAGAGUUGCCAUUCAGAUCAAAAUCAAUGUCUCCCGAGAAAAUAACUUCACCAUGUAAGUCACCUGAUGCCAGCUGUGAACUCUGUGGCCUCUGCUUUGAAAACCGUAAAGCACUGGCCAGCCAUGCUAGAGCUCAUCUGCGGCAAUUUGGAGUGACGGAGUGGUGUGUCAAUGGUUCUCCCAUUGAAACUCUGAGUGAGUGGAUAAAACGUAAACCACAGAAGGCAGGAGCUUACAGGAGUUAUAUACAAGGUGGUCAUGCAUUUAUGAAAAAGUUCAGGGCCGCCCCAAUUGCCAGUGAACAUGGAGAAGCUGGUAGAAAGUUGCCAAGUUCAUCAGGUGGUUUUCCAGGAACUGCUAAAGCCAUGGAAAAAGAAAUGCCUACAAGUGAAGUUGCUGAUAUGAUGGACUUCAACUCAAGUAGUGAUGUUCGCAUUACCUCCCCUUCGCUCUUACGGGAGCCUGGGACUCCCUCCCAGCGCCACAAUAUAAACAAAUUUGAGCGUAGGCAAGCAAAAAUGUCAGAUUUCUCACUAAGAGAUGAUGAGGUCGAUGAUUUUAGGUCGCCAUCCGAUGAGAUCCGUUCAACAUCCCAGAAAGUGAAAACAGUGCCUUCUCUUUUACCAAGACCUCCUCAGACCUCACUUGUGAAGUUUGUAGGCAAUAUCUACACAUUGAAAUGCAGGUUUUGUGAAGUGGAAUUUCAUGGCCCACUUUCCAUCCAGGAGGAUUGGGUUCGUCAUCUACAGCGCCACAUACUGAAUAUGAGUGUUUCUAAAGCAGAUGCUCUUCGCAGUGAGAGGGCAGCCUCGGAUAUGCAUGGUGUGACUGAUGGAUACCAGCAUUCCUAAUCUUUGGCCGUCUUCUACAACAUUCCACAGGGGGACAGCCAUACUGUGAAAGCCCAUUGUGGCUCCAGCUUCGCUGUUAUGUUCAGUGGGUUUCAUCUAGUGACUUGAAACUUUUCCAGAAAGUGUCACAAUAAACUUUAAAGUGUAAUUUAGAGUGGGGUACCUGGAAGUCGCAUGUAUUUUAACUUGAAGGAAAUGAAUUGUUAUUGAGAUAUCCUCUGUAUAUAAAUACCAUUCUGGUCAGACUGUAUUCUCUAAGUUUUGUGGAUCCCUAUUUGUUAUUAGAAGUUUUAUUUUUGUGUAUGUUGAGGGGAAUAAAGUUCUUCAAAACAGAGGACCUUGUGCUAAGAGCUAGCCCCCCCCCCCCCGAAUUCCAUUUUUUAGCAUUUAAUACCCUGCCUUUAAUGGACCCAUUGAGAGGUGGCAGAAAUGCCAUUUUUCCAGAUGUUAUGAUUUUCUGUUCUGAAGGCAGUAAUGAGUAACAAUGGAAAAUGUACCUUUGAUCAAAAGAUCUUUGAGCCGUUCUUGCUUUUAUUACAACGUUUAUUGUACAUUUUUGUUGCCGGCCAUACUUCAGGUUGUAGCAAUAGAGGACUGCGAGUCUUCAGUGUAUACCUUUCAACAUUCCCUGGGUUAAGUGUAUGUGCUUACCUUUAGGACUUGACACUUGCCAGCUGUGCAUUGUUCAGUGCAUGGAGGGCACAACUACAAUUUGUAAACUCAAGAUCUUGUGGUUGGAAGCAUGUGCUAAAAGGCCCCAUUAGUUAGUGUAGCACACAUUAAAAAGGAUAGACAAGUGUUGCACUGUGUACUUAAGUUGUCGGACAUCCAUGGAUUUCCUGCCUAGUAGUAGUAGUGAUUUUUUUAAAUUUCUUUGUGAACUUUUAUCAUUUAAAAAAAUUACCCCAACCCAGUAUUUGAUUUUAACUGUUACUCCAUCUUGGUUGAAAAAAUUAAUGUAGCAAGUUUUUUUGAAAUGCACACAUUUGUGUAAAUCAUUGUCACUUAUGUGCACAUCUGCAUCUUUUUUUAGUUGCUGGAUUAUGUGCAAUUUCUUCCAUUCAAAAAUGUACAGAAGUAAUAGUCAUUGUUAGCUGACGCACCAGGAGGGGUGUAUGGGGUACAGAUUUCAGCUUUGUCAGAGACACUUUUGUAGUAUUACAUAUUCUGGUUUAUUUCCAGUAACUUUUGCUGCUCAUAUGACCUGCUUUUUAAACAUGAUUGUUGACCUUUUUAAACUUAAUUGUGUCUGCAUCUUGUGAGCACAGUAUGUUGUGCUUGCAAAGUUAAAAAUGAAAUGUAAAAGCCUGUACAAAAAAAGUCACAUUAAAUGUAUAUAGGCCAACAGCAGAAUAGCAUUAAUUACCUCUCGAGUGGAGGAGGGAGAUCCCUUUUAUGGUAAUACACUAGUAUAGUGUCAUGGUUUAACACUUUUUUUUUCCCUGUAACGUAAUUGUAGAGUUGUUCUGCUUUCUGUUUGAUUUUGAGCUGUUUUCCACCAAAAGUUUUUCUUGUGAAUUAGAAAAGACCAGUAUGGUAAAAAAAAAAAAAAAAAAAAAAAAACUUUUCCCCCAAGGGGAUACAUUGUAAUACAGCAGCGUUCAAACAGGAUAUAGUUUUUGCUACUUUGCAAUAGAAGCUGUUCUUGGUUGUACAUGUGAAAGUAGAGUUUUGAGCCAGUGGGGGGACGAGGUUGUAAGCAGAUUGUAAUGGAACAGAGCGUGAGUAGAACGCAUCGGUCCAGUGGCUGAAGAUAACAGUUUCCUGUCUGUUAUGCUUACUGACGUCAUCCAUGCAUGUGUUCCAUGCCUUUAACCAUAAAAGUUGCAUCAGACCUCAGUGUGUAGCGUAUGAGAUAUUUUGAUUAGGCUGCUUUUAGUAUAGUGUUCUUUAGAUGAGACAUUUUGCCAUUAAAUAAUUUUCAUAUAUUCCAAGGUGGAGCAAAGUAAUAAACAUGUUCUCAUAGUUUUAAACCUCUUCAGUGAAGAACUGCCAUUUAUUGUAUUUUUGACAUUUUUAACAUUAAAUAUCUCUGAUGAAAGUUUCAUGCAGUUUCAUUUCCUUACUUCGUCAGUGCCAGAGGUAUGUAAAGCUCUCCAUCAUCAAUAAAACCAAACACCUGUAGACUUUA